CUCGAUUCAAAUGACUGCCUGGAGGAGAGGCGAGAGCUAGCAUAGAAAACAUAUGUUGGUGUUCAAAUACAACAUAACACACGAGUCAAUCAGAAAAAAAGAAAAAAGGAUUACUCAAAAAAGUAUAAGCUCUACAGUAUGGACAAUGGGAAUUUUCUACARACACUAAGGGACAGCAGCAGCAUUCUGUCCUCUCUACCAGUUACUGCACUACGAUUCACUCUGAGCUCCCAGUCACGUUGUCUCCUGCUGGCUACCUAUGCCAGCGGCAUUGUGAGGAGCUGGUACGUGUGGGGAGGAGAGUGUUUGUGGGGGGUGAGAGACGUGGGGGAGACUGGAGGUGGAGAGGGAGGAGGUGGACAGAGACAGACCCUCUCUCUCUCCGUCUCUCCCUCUGGAGAGAAAGCAGCCACAGGGGGGUCCGACUCAGCCAUUCAUCUGUAUGACCUCUCCACUCACCAGAGACUGAUGACCUGCAAGGCCAGCUCCACAAGAACAGUUAUGGAUGGACAUUGUUUUCGGGUUUUCGCAGUGACUUUUCACCCAGAGAUGGAGAGAGAAUUCAUCUCUGGGGGUUGGGACAACACCAUACAGUUUUGGGAUACCAGACAGCAGCACUCUGUCAGGAUGCUUUCGGGUCCUCACGUGUGUGGUGACACGCUUCAGAUCGACCCAGCUGUCAAUCACAUCCUGUCUGGMUCCUGGAGGAAGGACAACGCACUGGAGAUCUGGGAUUAUGUCUCAGGUCAGAAAGUGACUGAAGUGCCACAUGACUACCAAGGAGAGAGCAAAAUCUACACAUGCCAUUGGCUUGGCCAGGAUCAUAUCGUGGCMGCUGGGAGCCAAUCAAAUAUGCUGAGAGUCAUCAACCGGUGGACUAUGACGACUGAGUCCAGGUUGCUGGGCCUUUCCUCGGCCGUGUUCGGCUCGUCCGUGUGUCUGGCGGGAAGUGGACAGGCCUGAUCGCAGCCACUUCUGGACCAGUGUGUAUCUGCUGGAGCGAGAUGGUCAGCAGCAUUCCAAAAAGUAGGGCCUCUAAGGAGAAAUUAAUUAACAUUCAACGCACCGUUCGGUUGUCGGUUGCUGUGUGUUUAACUAACGCAGAAUAUUACGUUUUGGUUUACAUGUCCUGAAAGUAAAGAUGUAAACUUGUUUUAGUAAAAAAAAUAUAUAUAAUAAUAAUUCUAAACU